ACGGAUCAAGCGGCUCAAACUUUGGCGGCAACUGCAAUGGCGGACUGAAUUCUUGAAGCAGUUUCAAAUGUACGAUCUUACACAUUUAGAGAUUCACCGACAUUGUUUUUGUUCUUAAGAGCGCCAAAUGGACGUUGAGUGUGGAGCGAUGGAGACUAUAGUAAGCCCCGGGAAGAGCGUCGAUGAGAAACUAGCCCACUAUGUUGAAGAAUGUAAACAAAGGACCGCCAUGAUUGUUAGCUUGAAGAAGGCAUUGGAGUUAGCAUCAGAGGAGAUGAGAGAAUGCAAAAGUCGAAUGAAAAAAAUGGAGGAGCAAAUAAGCCGCUUGUGUAAAGAAAAUAAUGAUUUGAAGGCAGAGAUGUUGGGGAAGAGUAAGAGAUGUGCGGUGUGUGAAGAGAAGACUGGACCACAUGUCUACAACAACCUGCAGAAAGUUGAAGACGUCCGGCAGCUGACUGCUCAUCCAGAAGAAUUCCCCCCUCAGUCACGGAGGGGGCGCUCCACUUUGAAGCGGGAAGCUUCAAAGCCCCAUCCCAUUAAAAAGGAAGAGGGGAAACUCUGGAUCAGUCAGGAGGGAGAGUGUCUUCUAGGACCUGAGGGAGCUGAUCCCACCAAGUUGCCACUGACUGUUGUCUCUGUGAAGACUGAAGAUGAUGAAGAGAAACCACAAGUAGACCACCUCUUAGCUCCACUAUCAGAUAGUGAGGCUGAAGACGAGGUUGAAGUAACAUUGAGCAGCGAUACAGACGGUGAAGGUGAUACUUGGACUCACACUGACCACAAACACUCUGAAAGCUCUAAAAAGAAGAGCGCUAAACAACCUUUCAGUUGUUCAUUUUGUAGAAAAAGCUUUGCUAACAGGUCCCAUUUGACGGAACACGUGAGAGUACACACGGGCGAAAAACCAUUCAAUUGUGCAGCUUGUGGCAAAAGCUUUACGACAAAGGGUAAUUUCAAUCGACACAUGAGGACACACACUGGAGAAACAAAUGCAAUCGUUUAGUUUGUGUAAAAAUCUCUUCUGUCGAGACCCACGUGACUCAAAAUGUGAGGACACAAUUGCUGGUCUCUUGAUAUUUUAUCAUGAAAGGCCCUUUAUUUUUUUUAUUAUUAUUAUUUUAAACAAGGCACAUACUGUAACUUAAAUCCAUGUCUGUGGCCUAACAAAAAGUAGACUUUUAAUUGAUCAGUAUUGUGAAUUGAUGGCUUUGACGUAAAUCAAGAAGUAAAAAAAAAAUAUUUGGUUUCC